AUGGACUCCGAGUCCGAGCAUGACCACCGCGACGACGAGAGCGUGUCCGAGCCCGAGGAGGUGGAGGAGACGAAGCCAAAGCCCGCCCUCAAGAAGCAACGGGACGUCCUCCCGCCCGUUGAGCGCCCAGAGCUCCCCGAGCAGCCCGAGCCCUCCUCCAUAGAUUUCUCGACGCUGAACCCACUGUCGCCCGAGAUCAUCUCUCGCCAGGCCACCAUCAACAUUGGCACCAUUGGCCACGUCGCUCACGGCAAGAGUACCGUGGUAAAGGCCAUCUCAGGCGUGCAGACUGUGCGAUUCAAGAACGAGCUCGAGCGCAACAUCACCAUCAAGCUUGGCUACGCCAACGCCAAAAUCUACCAGUGCGACAACUCCGAGUGCCCGCGGCCCACAUGCUACCGGUCGUAUAAGAGCGAGAAGGAGGUGGACCCCCCAUGUGAACGCGAAGGCUGCGGCGGCAAAUACAGGCUGAAGCGCCAUGUCUCCUUCGUGGACUGCCCCGGCCACGACAUUCUCAUGAGCACGAUGUUGUCCGGAGCUGCUGUCAUGGACGCUGCUCUGCUUCUCAUUGCCGGAAACGAGACGUGCCCGCAACCACAGACCAGCGAGCAUCUUGCUGCCAUCGAGAUCAUGAAGCUCAAUCACAUCAUCAUCCUCCAGAACAAGGUGGAUCUGAUGCGGGAAGACAAUGCUGCGGCACAUUACGACUCUAUCUUGAAGUUCAUCCGAGGCACAGUUGCCGAUGGCUCGCCUAUCAUCCCUAUAUCCGCCCAGCUCAAGUUUAACAUCGACGCUAUCAACGAGCAUCUCAUUACCAAGAUUCCCGUGCCAGUGCGAGACUUUAGUGCGAAGCCGCAUAUGAUUGUCAUCCGAUCAUUCGACGUGAACAAGCCCGGUGCCGAGAUCGACGAAUUGAAGGGUGGUGUUGCUGGUGGCAGUAUCCUUACCGGUGUGCUGAAGCUUGGUGACGAAAUCGAGAUCAGGCCUGGCAUUGUUUCCAAGGACAGCGCCGGAAAGAUACAGUGCAAGCCUAUCUUCUCUAGGGUUGUAUCACUGUUCGCAGAACACAACGAUCUAAAGUUCGCAGUGCCUGGUGGUCUCAUUGGUGUUGGAACCCGGGUUGAUCCCACGCUUUGCCGUGCUGAUCGCUUGGUCGGCUUCGUGUUGGGCCUUCGCGGCCAUCUCCCGAAUAUCUACACUGAGAUUGAGGUCAACUACUUCCUGCUUCGAAGAUUGCUUGGUGUCAAGACUGCCGAUGGCAAACAAGCAAAGGUCGCAAAGCUGGCCAAGAACGAAGUAUUGAUGGUGAACAUUGGAUCCACUGCCACUGGUGCAAAGGUCAUUGCCGUGAGGGCUGAUGCUGCUCGUCUUCAGCUCACCUCCCCGGCAUGCACAGAAAUCGGCGAGAAGGUUGCACUGUCAAGACGUAUCGAGAAACACUGGCGUCUUAUUGGCUGGGCAAACAUCGUCGCCGGUAACAUUCUCGAGCCGCUUAAGGAUUAG